AUGGCGGAGGGGAAGCGGCGGGAGGCGAAGCCUGCGUUCUGGCUGGUGGCGAGCAGCCUGCGGGAGAGCCAGACUGCGGAGUUGGUGCACUCGCAGGUGCGGAACGCGCUGGUGGGGGGCCGGGCGCCGCUGUGCGACGACGUGGGGCUGUUUGAAGUGCCGACGGGGCUGAAGUUCGGCUCCUUCGACGACUUGGUGCGCGCAGUGGACCUGCUGCAGCAGCAGGACUCUGCGGUGGAGGCUGCGCUGCGGCGGGUGGAGCGGCAGGCCUUGGAGCUGGACCCAGAGGCCCAGCUGAAGGUGGUCUGGCAGCGGCACUCCUUGUCAGUGGACCAGUACAUAAGGAGGUUUAGUUGGGACGAGGCGAAGUUCCCGAAGGCCCGGGCCAUUCGGGAGCACUUGGAGGCCAUAGUGCAGUCCGUGGGGAAGCUGGAGGAGGAAGUCCGGGCCAAGGUGGCGGCCUGGCAGGCGGCGCGGGGGCCCUGUGGGGAAAAUGGUCCACUGGUCUACUCCGAGCGGGAGCUGCGGGAGGUGCUCACCCCCGCAGUGGUCCAGCCGGGGGACUUCGUGGCCUCGGAGCUGGUGACCACCGCCGUGGCCUGCGUGCCUCUGGAGGCUGAGAGCCACUGGCUGAGCUGCUACGAGCGGCUGAGUCCCCUUGCUGCAGUCCCCAGAUCAGCUAAGAAGCUGGGGCUGCCUCCAGACAGUGCUGGAGUCUGUCUCUGGAGAGUGGUGGUCUUCAAGAGGGGCCUGGAGGCCUUCAAGUCCGCUGCAGCGGCGCAGCACUUCGCCGUGCGGGAGUUCGCGUACAGCGCGCAGGCGGGGCGGCUGCUGCUGGAGCGUCGCUCGCGAGCGACGGCCGAGCGCUCGCAGCACGAGGCCUUCCUCGCUCGCGUCUGCUUCGCCGCCUUCUCCGACAUCUUCGUCUCGUGGCUCCACCUGAAGGCCAUGCGGGUCUUCUGCGACGCGCUGCUGCGCUUCGGAGUCCCCGCGAACUUCGUGGCUCUCUUUCUGCGGCCAACAGCCCCGCCAAGGCCGGCCAAGAUCCACGCCCAGCUGCAUGCGCUGUUGACUCCUCCGGGGCUUUUCGGAAACAGAUUCUACGCAAGUCUGGACAAAGAUAAUAACGAGGCCGAAGACUUCUUCCCCUACGUCCUUCUCACGCUCCAGCCCUUCGCCACCUAG